GCCCUGGGAUGUGGGAGGCGAUACAUGCAGGGCGAGGGAGGAGGGUUAAAAGGUCAGAUAGGGAUACAGCAGGUAUUAGCCUAGAGCUGGGGUGGGGAGUUAAAUUCAGAGAGGAGGUGGAAGGGAACGAGCCAGAAGUGAGCCAACAGCUGGAUUGAUUCCCCUGCUGGCAUUAGGGUAUAUUAGAGCCUUUAACAUCCUGUCCUGCACUGUUCUCUCCCUAGCUUUUCUAGCCUGCUUCUCUGAGAGAAUCUGACACCCCCAGAUGGCGGAGGGCUGCUGGAGGCAGAUGGGAUCGUGGUGGCAAUUCCUUCUCCUCUACAUCCCAUUGUCGCUGUCUGGAGACUUAGAUUACCUGGAAGGAAAUGGGGGCUGGCUGACGAACAAGUACUUGGCUCUGAUGGAAGAAGACCACUGCACUGUGGAGAGGAGAGACGCUUCCCUGACCUACUCCCAGUUCAUAGACCAAUAUGCCUUUUCCAGGCCUGUUGUUAUCCAGGGGAUCACGGACAACUCGGAAUUCCAGGCGCUCUGCACGAGGAACAAGCUGCUGGCAGAGUUCGGGGACCGCCUGGUGCGUCUCAGCACUGCCAACACCUACUCCUACCAUAAAGUGGACGUGCCAUUCCAGGAGUACGUGGAGCACCUGCUGGAGCCUCAGGACCUGGCCUCCCUGGGCAGUGAGACACUCUAUUUCUUUGGAGACAAUAACUUCACUGAGUGGGGCUCCCUCUUCCAGAAAUACAUGCCGCCUCCGUUCCGGAUUCCAGGCACCAGCGGGGCCUACAGCUUUGGGAUCGCCGGCUCCGGUUCUGGGGUUCCCUUUCACUGGCACGGCCCGGGUUAUUCAGAGGUGAUCUUCGGCCGGAAGCGCUGGUUUCUCUAUCCCCCUGAGAAAACCCCCGAGUUCCACCCCAACAAGACAACUCUAGCCUGGCUGCUGGACACAUACCCAUUUCUGCCGCCAGAGGACCGCCCUGUGGAGUGCACCAUUCACCCUGGCGAGGUGCUGUAUUUCCCUGAUCGCUGGUGGCAUGCCACCCUCAACUUGGACACGAGUGUCUUCAUCUCCACCUUCCUGGGGUAGCAGCUCAGGGCUCUGCCUACCUGCCAGCCAUUCCUCAGGAACUGAAUUGUUCACUUCCCUCCCUCCAAAGCCCUGGGAUUCUGCUGGUGAAUUCUAGC